AUGGAGGCUGCCAUAGAACAAACCACCACCACCACCACCGGUGGUGGUCUUGAUGGUGAUGGUGAUGCUCGAACCAAGGAUAUCACCAACAUCUCUAAAGGCAAACGAACCAAGCGUCAAAGGCCACAAUCUCCAAUUCUUUUCACAAUUGCAUCCGCCAACAAUAACGAUAUAAAUGACUCUCCUGUAUCAUCUUCUGGUUUUCCGGCAGGUAGCACCACCACGGAAGAUGAAGACACUGCCGAAUCCCUAAUCCUCCUCUCGAAAGGCCAGUCCUUGGACCUUUCUUCAAGAAAAAGCAAAGACGAUUACGAUGGAAUGUUCAAGUUUAAUAGCAAAAGGUACAUACAUACGUCGACCACCGGAAACACUGGCAUUUUUGUUUAUGAAUGCAGGACAUGCAACCGAACUUUUUCUUCAUUUCAAGCUCUCGGAGGCCAUCGAGCCAGCCAUAAGAAACCUAAAAAUAAUGAAGACAUGAGAAAACCACCACCCUACAUUGCCGAUAACAUUAAUGAAUCACCAACGGAGUUUCCAUUCAGGAAUCACAAUUCUUCCGUUUCUCUUCAAUUAAACAACCGAGUUUCAUUCACCAAGUCCUCCUCCAAGCUUCAUGAAUGCUCAAUUUGUGGCACAGAAUUUAAUUCUGGACAAGCAUUGGGUGGUCAUAUGAGGCGUCACCGGGUGGCAGGCGGCGGCAACAAAGGUGGCAAUAACAGCACCACCGGCCACGCAAACACCACCACCUUAUCUUUGAUUCCGUUCAGUCCGAUGACCACCGCGCGCGCAGAGACCUAUGAGAAUAAGUCGAGGAAUAAUGCGUUGUGUUUGGAUCUUAACCUUCCGGCCCCACGGGAAACCACCGUAGCAGCCGCCGAUGACGAUCAACGUCAAAAACGGGGAUUUACAUUCUCACCGACGGGGGAAAAUGAGAAUAAACAACAGGCCGUUCGUUUGUCCGCUGCCCCAACAUUGGUGGAUUGUCAUUACUGA